UGGGGCUGCAUUGUCAAAGGCAGUGUUGGUUGCCCGGCAGGAGUAUUUUAUAUCUGACUUUCUGAGUUGUGAUUUUUAUAUUCCUCUCUCUCGGUUCCCACUAGAUUGAAGAAGGAAUAAUAAAGCAGGCAGAGAGAGAGAGAGGAGGAUGUUGUCUUGGGGGGAGUUGACCUCAGGGAGCGGACAGAAUCCCUGCUCUCAGUCAGAGGAGAUUCUCAAAGGAGAGAGAGUUCAACAUAUUUGCAGCCGGGAAGGAGUCACUGUGUUUGUGUUGGAAAACGGGAAAGUUUAUACCAGAGCCCGCGGAUGGAAGCGAAAAUCAAAACCUGGAAAUUUUCAUCACUUCAAGGAACAGAAAAUCCACUUUGCAGACAGUGGGUCAUCCCACAUCCUGUUUCUUUCUAAGGCCGGAAAUAUUUAUUGUAGUCAAGUAAACUCAAGGCAACUUGAAACCCAGGCAAAGGAGUUCCCCAUACUGAAACCACAGUUACUUAAGGGUUUGAGUGACAGAAACAUCAUUCAAGUGGCCUGUGGAAACAAUCACUCACUGGCAUUGACUAAAGACAGCCAAAUCUUUGCCUGGGGACAGAACACUUAUGGCCAGCUUGGUGUUGGUAUGGACAAUGUGUCCCAGCACAGUCCUCAGAGUGUGAUAUCUCUCACUGGGAUGCCAGUGGCACAGAUCGCUGCAGGAGGAGAUCACAGCUUCACCCUGUCUCUCUCUGGGACGGUGUUUGGAUGGGGGAGAAAUAAUCACGGACAGCUGGGACUCAAGGACAAAGAGGGCAGACAGAAGCCCAGCCACGUGAAGCUGUUGGAUUGUAAGAAAGUUGUCCAUAUCGCUUGUGGUGAAGAACACACUGCUGUUCUAACAAAGGAUGGGCUUGUUUUCACCUUUGGAGCAGGGAGUUAUGGGCAACUUGGACACAACUCUACAGAGGAUGAGACUAAACCACAUCUGGUCGGUUAUCUGUUUGGAAAGAAAGCUUCUCAAAUAGCUUGUGGAAGUUACCACACACUAGUCUUCAUUCCAUCAUCUGGUAAGAUCUACUCCUUUGGUUGUGGAGAGAAAGGGCAACUUGGAAACAGAGACACCAAAGAUCAGCUCGUGCCCCUUCCCAUCAACAUAAUGGAUAUGGUCAACAAAAAUGGAAAUGGUCAUACAACAGAGUCAGUUGUGAGAAGAAUAUUUGCAGGAGGAGAUCAAAGCUUUGCAGCAUGCAGCCGUGCAGUGGAUUUGGUAUCCUCCACUGAUCAAUCUGCCCUCAAUACUUUGAGGCGAAUCUCGACAGUGGACAAAUUACUGGAGCGGGAAUUGAACAAAAUCACUAGAAAGGCAAUCAUUCGGGCAUUUUCCUCUCCUCAAGCACUAUGUGGAAGUUUUCUGGAUGUCAGCAAAGAUGGCCAUUUCAAAACAAAUGGAGUGACGUCAGGCCUGGAUUUGUCUGCAAUAUAUCUGAGCUUCUUGAAUUUGGCAAAAAAGUCCUUAACUUUGCAGGUGAAGAAUGCAGUCCAGAAUAACCUGAUCCCAUCAUUUCCUCGAUCUCCAACCUGUGUGGAAACACUGCGAGUUUACAUUAUAAUACCAGAACUCAUUGCUGUCCUGGGAGAGUCAGAGGAUUCAGCAACACUGCUCGAAUCUUUAAACAGAUCCAUUCUCUCGCUUGAAGACAGUUGUUUUAAAAUCCUUGAACGUUGGUGGUGUACGAUGCCUUAUUAUUUCUUCUUGCGCCUUGUGAGAAUGUAUCAGAAAGAAUCACAUCGCCUUCUUCAACUCACAAUGACAGGCGCCUCACAAUGCAAUCCCCAACUACACAAUUCACUAAAAAUCUUACAAACACUCUACCAGGUAAAUUUGAGCAGAGAUUCAAAGAUUUCUGAGAGAAAUUGCUACAUUCCUGUCAUGAAAAUGUUUAAAGACGCUUUAACAGCACAGGCUGAGAGGUGGUUUCCCACAAAUUCCCAAAUUAUAAUUAAUGAGUUAAUGCGUGGCCUUAAUGUUCCAGAAGUUCAGGUUCAAUGCUACUUCUCAGGACUUUGCUGUGUUCUACAACAAUUAGUUCCGUAUCCUUGCAUCUUUGAUUUGGAAACAAAACUUGAAUUAUUGAAUCUGGAAUCCAAAAUACAUAAACAAAAUUUGUUUCAACAGAUCUUAAAACCAAUACUACGCCUCUGCGUUUCAAGGAUGUCAAUUUUUCAGGAUGGACUGCAAGAAUUAAGAAGGAUUCAAUCAUCUGCUUAUUACGGUGUUGUUGAGGUCAGGUUUAAAGGUGAACCAUGUUACGGCCCUGGGGUAUCUCAGGAAUUCUUCACCCUCUUUACUCAAGAACUGUAUAACAACAAACGGAUAUUCAAACUCAAGAAAUCUUCUGAGCUCCUUUGGUUCCCUAACAGGGAACCGGAAAUGGAUGACGCAUUUUAUUUGGUGGGAAUUCUCUGUGGUCUUGCUGUGUCCAAUGGCUUUAUUUGUAAUUUUCACUUCCCAUUGGCUUUGUACAAGAAGCUACUCAGUGUGCCACCAACAUUGGAAGAUCUGAAGGAACUCUCACCAACACUGGGAACAUCACUCCAGGAUGUCCUUGACUAUGAGUAUGAUGACAUUGAAGAGGUGUUAUGUCAUGAUUUUACAGUAAACAAAAAAACAGCAGAUGGCAAAAUAAUUCAGCAGGAACUGAUUCCUGAUGGUAGCAAGAUACCUGUUCAGAAACAUAAUAGAAAACAAUAUGUUGAUGCUGUUGUGGAUUAUAAGCUAAACACAUCAGUGAAGAAACAAUUUGAAGCCUUUUCACAAGGUUUCAGGAGCUGUUAUUCACUGCCAAUUGUGGACACAUUCCUACCUGAAGAACUAAGGGAUGUUAUCCAGGGGAGCACCAGAUAUGAGUGGGAGCUGUUGGAACAGAAUGCAAAAUACUGUGAAUAUCAAAACACCGACAGAGCAGUCAGGAAUUUUUGGCAAGUCUUUGAAAGCUUACCAGAAGAGAAGAAAAAGCGCUUUCUUGCCUUUCUGUCAGGAACUGACAGAAUCCCAGCAGGAGGGAUUCAGAAUUACUGCAUUAAGAUUUUGAAAAGCCGGACCGAUGAACCAGAUUCCUCAUACCCUCGUGCCUACACCUGUACCAUGAGCUUGGAACUUCCCAACUACAGCAGCAUCGAAAUAUUGAGAGAAAAGUUACUUCACGCAAUUGAAUUCAGUGAAGAAUUCAAUGCACAACCACCCUAAUAUUUGUAGCUGGGGCUUUUACUUAUUUAAUCUGAAAGAUGUUAGUGAUUGACUAAAUAAAUCUGACUCCAUACAAUAAAUUGUAUUUGUUUCAUUACAGCACAGAAAGUAUCCAGUGCUCAUAUAGUGUUCCUGUGCUUUAAAUCUCCUCUAAUGAAACAAAUAAUGUAACAAGUAGCAACAAGACCAGCAUUUAUUUCCUAAUCCUAAUAUACCUCGAGAGGGCAAUGGUGAGCCACCUUCUGGAAGGCAAUAAAGUAACUUGUUCAGCCUUUUGAAAGGGCAGCUUAAGAGUCAAAUAGGUUUCCUUUACUCUAGAGCCACAUAUGGGUAUCCCCCGCUAUUCGAAAGUCAAGCAUUCCCAGGAAACCUUUCGUCAGCUGAAAAUGGCGUAAGGCAAAGAUGCAUGAUUUAAAUGGGAAAAAAUUUCAUGAACAGGUACUAAUGUAGUCAUGAUGUGAAGGAGCCGGUGUUCGACUGGGGUGGAUAAAGUUAAAAAUCACAACACCGGGUU